AUGUGGAUGCAGUUUAGCCUGCAGGGCAAUCACCGGUGGCUGGAUAUCUUAUCGGACCUGUUAUCCUCUUACAAUAGCAGUAAGCAUCGCACCAUUGGUAUGAAACCGACGGAUGUGACUGCUCGUAACGAGAAGGAUCUACUACAACGGGUGUACAAGAAAUUCAAAGUCAAGACCACACUUAAACGACCAAAGUUUAAAGUCGGCGACAGAGUACGAAUCAGCAAAUUUAAACACAUCUUCGAGAAGGGCUACACACCCAAUUGGACAACCGAAAUUUUCACCGACUACCAGGAUCAUCCCAUCGAAGGCGGCUUCUACGAGCAUGAACUUACCAGCGUCAAGUAUCCCGACAUAUAUCUUGUGGAGAAGAUACUGAGGAAACGUGGAAACAAGCUAUUUGUGAAAUGGUUAGGCUUCGAUGGUUCGCACAAUAGUUGGAUCGAUAAGUCGGAUUUGUAG